AUGGAGGACGUUCCAGAGUUCAAGCGAACGCCCACGGAGGGAUCUUCCAUUGACAAGAAGCCUGUAGACGAUGAUGUCGUCGUUGAUGAGGAGAAGUCGAUUCGAUCUAGCGAAGACGUCGAUGAAGUGAAGGUCAUCGAAAAGGCGGAAGAAGUCGCCCUGCUGGUCAUCAGCACGCAGGACGACCCUACUCUUCCUGUCUUCACCUUCCGUGUUGUUUUCCUCGGUAUCGGAUUGAGCGCAUUCGGCGCCGUCUUGGGAACAAUCUACACGUUCAAGCCACAGAACGCCUCCGUCUCUCAGUUGUUCACCCUCAUCAUCGCCUACGUCCUCGGAACCGCCAUGCACUCUAUCAUGCCAAGUCAUGGCUACUGGAAAUACCUGAACCCGGGACCCUUCAACAUCAAAGAGCACACGGCUAUCACGAUCAUGUCCUCGACCGCCGCCAGUGUCGCAAUCGCGAUGGAAAUCAUUGCUGCUCUGGAUCUGUUCUACGAUAUCAAGCUCAAGCCCGUCGUCGCUAUCUUCCAAAUCUUUGCCUCUCAAAUGAUUGGUUAUGGUAUUGCUGGAAUGCUACGGAGUUUCUUGGUCUACCCGACUUACGCAUUCUACCCCACUUACAUCUCCGUGGUCAACCUCCUGCAGAGUCUGCAUUUCGGUGGUCUGCUCAACCACAAGAAGAGGCGCUACUUCUGGAUCGUCUUCGCCGCGAUCUUCUUCUGGGAAUGGAUUCCCCAAUACCCGUUCCCUCUCCUCUCCGCCAUCUCGAUUAUCUGCCUUAUCGACGAAGGCCGCUCUACCUUUGUCCGCAAUCUGUUUGGUGCCGGGUCCAGUAACGAGGGCAUCGGCUUGUUCUCUUUCUCCACGUCGUGGACCCUUAUCACGCAGGGUAACCCGCUAGUGUGGCCUUGGCAGACGCAGAUCAACUCUUACAUGGGAAUGGCUCUCGGUUAUAUCAUCUUGACGACCUGCUACUACGCCAACAUCUACAAUGGCAGGGACCUCGUCUUCAUGUCCACCUCCCUCUUCGGAUCAGAUGGUAGCACGUACAACCAGACCGCUGUGCUCACCGACAACAGGCUCGAUCCCUCGAAAUUGGCGGAAAUUGGCCUUCCCCGGUAUACCACGUCCUACAGCGUUUCGCAGCUUGUGUACAAUCUGUCGAUGGGUGCUGCUGUCACCCACGUCAUCCUGUGGAGUUGGUCUGACUUGAAGAGAGCUUUCGGUGGGUUGCGCUUCCUCAAGAGCUCUGCCGAUGAAAUCGAUGAUCCUCAUUACCUUGAAAUGCGCAAGUACAAGGAGGUUCCCCAGUGGUGGUACUUGGUUUUGUUCCUUUGUAGUCUGGGUGUUGGCAUCGGCUGCAGUUACGGAGCUGGCGGCACAGUUCUGCUUCCUUGGUGGAGUAUUCUCGUCUUCUCUGUGAUCAGCGCUUUCCUCGCCAUCGCUCUCGGCUUCAUUACCGCGACGACAGGUUUCAAUAUCAGUGUCAAAUACGCCAUCCAGAUCAUCGCUGCCUUUGUGCAUCCAGGGCAGCCCAUUGCGGUCAUGUAUGUCAAUCUCUACGGAAACUCGUCUACGUUCCAGACGCUCUACCUACUCCAAGAUCUCAAGUUGGGCCAGUACACCAAGCUGCCGCCGCGCAUGACCUUCGCUGCUCAGAUGGCAGGCUCGAUCGUCGGUUCUAUCUUCAAUUAUACCAUGAUGAACACCAUCGUCACCAACAACCGUGAGGUUCUUCAAGACCCAGUCGGUACCCGUGUUUGGAGUGGAUGGAUCGUCCAGCAGUACAACAGCAACUCUAUCGCCAUGGGUGCCCUUGGAAAGGAGCUCUUCACAAUCGGAAAGGAAUACUGGCUGAUUGCCUUUGCGAUCUUUAUCGGCUUGUUCAUGCCCAUUCCCUUCUUCCUCGUGCACAAGUUCUCGCCGAAGGGCUCUUGGAUCGGUAACGCCGCGAAGUACAUCCACACGCCCAUCAUUCUUCUCUACAUUGGGUACCUUCCAUACUCGGUCAACGGCAUGUGGUGGUCUUGUCUUGUCAUCGGUUAUAUGUCCCAGCAGUGGGCACGUAAGCGUCGUCCAGGCUGGUUCAAGAAGUACAACUACCUUACCUCUGCCGCACUCGACGGUGGAAGUCAAGUCAUUAUGUUCAUUCUCAGCUUCGCCGUGUUCGGUGCAAGCGGGAACGCCGUUGACUUCCCAAACUGGUGGGGUAACCCUGCCAACAAGUCGGUCGACCGUUGUGCUCUCACGGACUAGAUUGAAAAACAUCUUCACGAGUUGCGACUGUCAUUACCGGUUUUAUACUUUUAAUAUUUCGG